GCUUUUCAUUGUUAUACGGAGCAUCAACACAAGUGAUGAUGCGAGUCAGGGAGGGGCGCUGGCUGCGUCACUGCGCCUGUGCCUCAGUAGCGGUGUCAUCACUGGGAUCGCCAUGUUCGUGCGAUGAUAAUAGCAUUUAGAAAAGAAAUGAAGUGGAGGGGAGAACGAAGGCUUCUACGACGGGCACCUCGGAUCUGAUAGAGGAAGGCAUCUUUGAGAGAGGAAGGCGUGGCAGAGCGGAAAGAGGAGAGUGGAGCGGAGGAACAGUGAAGGUGAGGAAAGAGGAAGAGGCGAGUUAAGAAGAGGAGGAGAGAACAGGAGGAUGCUCUACUGGCUGAACGAGAAAGAGAUGUCGGUCCAGGAGCUUCUGCAGCGAGUCCAGUGUGUCAUCGCUCAUGUCGAUGAGAUUAUGCAGCGGGAGAUCAGGCCCCUGCUUGCAGAAGACAUCAUCGAGCAGCUUCAUCGACAGUUUGCCUUGCUUUCUGGGGGAAGAGGGAAGGACGGAGCCCCCAUCAUCACCUUUCCAGAGUUCUCAGGCUUUGGUGAAGUGCCGGAGGAAGACUUCCUGAAUGUAGUAACAUAUCUGACCAGUAUUCCCAGUCUUGAUGCGGCCAGUAUAGGUUUUAUAGUCAUCAUCGACCGGCGGAAGGACAAAUGGAGCUCCGUAAAAAUGUCCCUCUCCAGGAUUGCUGGGGCAUUUCCUGGAAACCUGCAGCUGGUGUUCGUGCUGAGACCGGCCAGGUUUUUCCAGAGAACAAUCGCUGACAUCGGCAUCAAGCUGCAUAAAGAUGAUUUUAAAAUGAAGAUAGUGAUGAUAAAUUCCUUGUCCGAGCUACAUGGGUAUGUGGAUAAAUCUCAGCUGACACAUGAGCUCGGAGGAAGUCUGGAGUACUGUCACAGCCAGUGGAUACAUCAUCGAACCGCUGUGGAGAAUUUUGCCAUGACCGUGAAAACCACAGCUCAGCAACUCAAGAGUUUUGGGUCUGAUGUAGCUGACACAGAGCUGCCAAACAAUGUCCAGAGCACCAAAGAUCUUCUUGUUGCACAUACAGAAAAACACACUUACCUUAAGAAUGAGCUGAAGUUGGCCGUGAAGCAAGGCACCACUCUCUUAGGAUGCAUCAAGGAGCAACCAGCCAAAACAGAAAGCCAUAAACUAAAUCCUGAUGAAAUUGAAAACCAAACAACUGUGGAAAGGCUCAUGGCUCAGUUGGAUGAGACGGAUAAUGCCUUUGAUCAGUUCUGGUGUAAGCACCACCUAAAACUGGAGCAGUGCCUUCAGCUACGGCACUUUGAGCAGGAUUUCAGAGAGGUCAAAAUAGCUUUGGAUUUCUUGAUAGAAAGCCUGUCCAAGUUAUCAGACACUGGAAAUUGUGUGUCAAAGGUGGAACAUAUUUUGGAGGAAUUGAAUUCACUGUCUGAGAGAGCUCAAUCGACGUUAGAGAAGGCCCAGCUUCACGCCUCCCAUGGGGAUCAGCUGAUCCAGAGUAACCACUACGCUGUUGACUCAAUCCGACCCAAAUGUGUGGAGCUACGACGAAUCUGUGAUGACUUCAGCAACGAGGCGCAAAAAAAAACAGAGGUCAUGUCCAAAACUCUGCAGAUACACAGGGGCAUUAAUAAGAUUACCAAGUGGUGUGAGGAUGGUGUCUACCUGCUGGCAUCGCAAGCAGUAGACAAAUGUCAGUCUCAGGAUGGAGCUGAGUCAGCGCUGAGUGAAACUCAGCAGUUUUUGAAAACGGCAGAAGAUUGCCAGCUGACCGAAUUAAGGGACCUCCACACUCAAUAUGAACUGGUGCUGCCUGAGGAUCUCACGGCCUCGGUCCUCAAGACGCUGAAGCGGCUGGAGGAUGUCCAGGAGAUGUUUGAAAAGCGCUGUGUCAGCCUUAAAAGAUUGUCAGCCAAACAGACAAGGCCUGUUCAGCCUGUCGCUCCGAGACCGGAGUCCCCACCCAAACGCCCCUCUCUAAAGAAUUCUAGAACUCCGCCAAGCAGUCAGCAGCCGCUCAUCCGCCGAGCAUUGGACAACACCACAAGCAAUAAGCAGCAGACUGAAGUUGAUUCCAACAAGAAGAAGAGUCAACGGAAAGCUGCCAAAGGAAACAUCAAGAUUGAGGUGAUGCAUGAAGUAAGCCAGGGAGGCUCGAGCCAUGUUGUUGUGUCCAACGAGACCGAGGAAAAUCUGUCCAACAGACGCAGGCACAUUAUGACCGAGCUCAUAGAAACUGAGAGAAUUUAUGUGGAAGAAUUACAGAGCAUCAUGGAGGGUUACUUUGCUGAGCUGGAUAACUCUGAGAUUAGCUAUCUGAUCCCCCCAUCUCUUGAGAACAAGAGGGAUGUGCUGUUUGGAAAUCUGCCCGAAAUCUAUGAAUUUCACAACAGGACGUUUCUGGGAGAGCUUGAGAGCUGUGCUGAUAUGCCAGAGCUGGUUGGAUCCUGUUUCCAAAAAAGGAAAGAGGAGCUUCAGGUCUAUCAGAAGUACUGUCAGAACAAGCCGCGCUCUGAAGUCCUGUGGAGAGAGUGUGGAGACAGCCCAUUCUUCCAGGAAUGUCAGAAAAAACUUGACCACAAGCUAUCUCUGGAUGCAUACCUCCUGAAGCCGGUCCAGAGGAUCACCAAAUAUCAACUCAUGCUGAAGGAAAUGCUGAAGUGCACUAAAAAUGAAGGGAAAGCUGAGCUGGAGGAAGCCUUAGCCACGAUGUUGGACAUUGUCAAGUCAGUAAAUGACUCCAUGCACCAGAUAUCCAUCACUGGCUUUGAGGGAAACUUGAGUGACCUGGGAAAGUUGCUGAUGCAGGGAUCCUUCAACGUGUGGACGGAGCACAAGAAAGGCCACAACAAGGUCAAGGACUUGGCCCGUUUCAAACCCAUGCAGAGACACCUCUUCUUGUAUGACAAGAUGCUACUGUUCUGCAAGAAACGUGAAGAGACAGCAGAAGGACACGAGAAGAACCCCUCCUACAGCUUUAAACACUCACUCAAGAUGAGCUCAGUGGGGAUAACAGAAACUGUGAAGGGUGACAGCAAGAAGUUUGAGGUGUGGUUUAAUGGAAGAGAGGAGGUCUACAUCAUCCAGGCUCCUUCAAUGGACACGAAAAACACGUGGGUAUCUGAGAUUCGCAAAGUUCUCACAGGGCAGCUGGAAGCAUGCAGAGAGGCGAGUCAGUUGCACCAGAAGAUCACCGACAUCAGCGGCGUGCCGAUGAGGAACAUGCGCAAAAUGGCACUGAGGCAGUCGGAUUCAUCCAGUCCAGAGUCCACCACCCGGAUGAGCCAUCUGAGCCAGAACAUGAGACAAAAGAGAGCUGACUCCUCUGGCUCACAUACCGGCCACACUGCUGAUAAUGCUAGGAAACGUUUCACUCUGCAGGGUCUUUCCAAAAGGAGAUCACUGCCUGCAGAACCUGCUGUUAAAGAGGCUGAGCUUCCCCGCCGCUUCUCACUAACCUCCUCUCUGUCCUCCUCUAACUCUUCGUUUGUUGCUCGACGCAGAAAAGGUCCUCUCAAUGCUAGCACACCGAACAAGAGACACCAGAUAAAAAGUGACCCCACUCCUUUUGGUUAUGAAGAUACUUUGAGUGAUGCUAUGACAUCAGUAGAGAAACAACCGAAUAUGACUUGUAGCACUUCUGGCCGCGGCAUGUCUGUCAUGCUGAGAUCUUCUUCCCAACCAGGGUGGGCACAGCGACGUCUGGCCUCCAUGGACACAGAAGACUUUGACACCAUCCCAUCCAGUAUUGAAGAAUCCUCAGACUCGUCAGAGGACGGAAACAGCAAGGAUGUUGAAGGCGGUUGCUUUCAAGUAGAACUGAUCCCUGAGUCUCAAGAAACACAAGACAUUCCUCUGGAGUCCAGCAACUCAAUCCACUUACAAGAUGAUUCGGGAACCCGACUUUAAUAAGAUCUUUCAAACGCUUCCUGACUAGCAGAGCUCUCAACGUCUGCGCCUCCUUCUGGAAUGUUUCACAAGAACUCGAAUUUCAGAAGAACAAAAAAAGAACAGGGACAUCAAUAUAGACAAAGUUCUGAAUUUGUAAUUUUGUUGUGUUUAUUUAACUUUGUCUCUCCUGCUUCUUAGCCAAUCAAAAUACCAUUUGAGGACUUUUGUUCAGGACCCACAUCCCAUGCUGGAAUGCAGAUAUUUAACCUCUCUGUAGACAAUAUUCUGGUUAUCCCUUAAUGGAUGUUAUUGCCCGUUUGCUGCUAUAUAAACCAUCCAAACUUUUUUUCCUGAUAACUUCUCUGUGAGUUUGACAUGAUACUGGACUCAUUAUUUUGGAUCGAUCAAUUGAAGUUUGCUCUCAUGACAGUUAAGUGCAUCACUGCUGACCAAUUGCUCAGAAUGGUUAGAAAGAUGAAAAACUGGGUGUCUGUUAAACCACAGUGUGGGUUUGUACAAUGAUUAUUUAUGUUACAAUUAAUGCACAUUUUAUAACUAUUAUGAAUGUAUCUGUUUUAGAACAUCGUCUGUAAAUAUUGCAUUCUCUUGUUGUAUAGUAAAUGUGACAUGCUGUAUAUAUUGAGCUUUUGUUAUUGUUUACCGGAAUUAGUAAAAACUAUUAAAUUGAAAGGCAACACUUAAUAGGCUUGGUUGAAUCAUCU